AUGGAUAGUCCUAAUAAGAAUGAAUUACCCUACCCUGUUACACCAAGGGGUAUAGAGAUAAAGACUUCAGAUCCAACAUUAAAAUGGCAGCCUUACAAUCCAGAUGAAGAAAGUAUUUUCAGGAAUGCUGGUUCACCACUAUCUGUUCGCCGUAAUAUCCCAACACCCGAUCCAUCAUGUGUUGAUAAUCAUAGUCUCAGGUCCAGAAUACGUUCGCAUUCGUCAAGUCCUGUCAAACAAAAAUCCGCAAUGAUCUCACCAAUUCCAUUUAGUUCAAGAAAAACAAUAUCUGAAAAAUGUGUUUCUGAAAAAUCAGCCGAUGUCACAGUAGGAUCCCGAACUUCAAAUAUAAGCACUGUAGAUCGUACAAUAAGCUCAUCAUUCAGUGAACCGUUUAGUCUUACUGCACCAGAUACAUUCAGUGAUGGAAUGUGGUUGCUGGAUCGUUCUGAGGGUGAAGCACCAUAUCCAACAUCAUAUAAUAAGUUAAAGGCGAUUAUGUCUAAAAUGGAACCAAUUCAAAGUUCAACUAGAAGAAACAAUUCAUUAACAUUAACAUUCAGUAUUUCAAAAAGUACAAAUUCCACCGAUAGUUCUCCGUCUUCUCCUUCAAGAACCAGUAAAAUACAAUCACAAAAAGAACAAAUAAGUCCAGGUCAAUUUCCAGAUGCUUUGAUGAAUACUGAUCAUUUUCAUCGUAAACACUUAAAUCCACUUAAUAAUCCUGUGCUUCAUGUUUUGGCUUUGAAAAAUUCAAAUAAUUUUAAUAAAAAUCAACUUCCAGACUAUGCACGUAAAGAAUUAAAGAAAUUAAAAGAAAAGUUAAAAGAAAAUCAUCACAAAUCUGUCAACAAUAUUGUACAUUCGCAUAGUCUUGAAGCCUUGGCUACUAGUCUUUCUGGUAGUUCAUUACCAUCAGUCAAAGUAAAACAAUCUAAUGUGAAUAAUUCUCCGCGAAAAUAUCAUCCAGUCAAAUCAAAGUCUCCUGGUGUUGAUAUUAAAUUUAAUGAUGAAUCGUCUAAAUCAUUAGGCGAAGUUAAACCAAAAUUAUCAACACAUGAACCGACAAAAAAGUUGACUUCAAAGAAAAAAAAUCAUUCGAUUGGUGAAGGUGAAACUAAAGUUUCAAUGUUACGUCAAGUUGAACUUGUACAUUCCGACGACGAUGAUGAUGAUGAUGAUGAUGAUGACGAUGCAACAACAAUCGAUGAUGAAGCCUACGAUGAAGAUGAUUUACCUGGUGAACGGAAGAAAACUGAUAUCUUACGAAGUAAUGUUAGUGAAAGUGGUGAAAUUCCCCUUGGUAGUUUGCGACUAGAUCAUACAUAUUCAUCAACAACAUACAACAAUCCAAGAGAUGAUAUAAAUAUAGCACGUGAAAUAGUUUCCAAAGUGCUUCGUGAUACAAUUGACCUUGGUGAACGUUCUGGAGAGGAUUCAUCUACUAAUUAG